AGCUAUGAGCGAAUGAAUAGUUCUCUGAGAUUAUGAUGGAGCAGAAACGCACAGCCUAGGAGUAGUGGUGGGCAUGUCCCCUUUAUCAGUAUCUCAUGAGUCCGAUUUGGAAAGGCUUCAUCCCUGCCACUUCCUGUGAGUAGAGGUCUAUCCGACCUCGGGACCGUCAAAACCAUCCCGUUUGCGCGCGCCACCUCAGAGAGCAUGGAUCUAGGUAUUCAUUUUCGUUCAUGCGUCAAGCCUGUGGUUCGUAUAUGUAUGUUUCCGCCCCCAAACAGUGCAAUUUGGGCUUGCAAUGGGUCGACUGCCCCCUGGUUCCUACAUGGUUGUCAAGCAAAAGUCAUGAAGCUUUCAGGGACGAUCAGAAGGAGAGAUUCUCAUUCGCCGAGAACGUUUAUGAGCUGCACUCGGUGAGUCAACUCCGAACUCCACUGAGGCUUGUUGCUGGACUAGUGGGCAUGGGUUAUAAGGCUGAAACUUGCUCGUCAGCGACGAAGACCAUUUUGGGGUGCUUCACCGAAAUUAUACAGUUGCCACUGGAUGUAUCGUUGUCGAGAGCUGAAAAAUCUUGUGGGAGAGGGCUAUUAAAGAGAAAAGAAAAGUCACGAAGGCUGGUGGUUGAUCGCAACGUUCCUAAGCGAGAGACAUUUUGGUGUCAGCUGCCCCCGACCACCUACAUCUCGACAACAGGGAACAAGAUGUUAGGCAUCAAAAGAACAUGAAACCGCCUGGGUUAAACUUGCCUUCAGUUUCCUGGCCCACCUAAUAAUGCUGCAUGGCAGUGCAACUGAUGUCAGACGGGUACCUGGCAUGCGCCACGGCCUUGCAGCCUUGUGCGAGGCUGAGGCAUCAUGUCUAACGAAACAGUCGCACGAGGUACGCAUCACAGGUC